AGACAUCUCACCCCAAAUCUCAGACAUCUCACCCCAAAUCUGAGACAUCUCACCCAAAAUCUCAGACAUCUCACCCUAAAUCUCAGACAUCUCACCCAAAAUCUCAGACAUCUCACCCCAAAUCUGGGACAUCUCACCCCAAAAUCUCAGACAUCUCACCCCAAAUCUCAGACAUCUCACCCCAAAUCUGGGACAUCUCACCCCAAAUCUGAGACAUCCCACCCCAAAUCUGGGACAUCUCACCCCAAAUCUGAGACAUCUCACCUCAAAUCUCAGACACCUCACCCCAAAUCUCAGACAUCUCACCCCAAAUCUCAGACAUCUCACCCCAAAUCUCGGACAUCUCACCCCAAAUCUGAGACAUUUCACCCCAAAUCUCAGACAUCUCACCCCAAAUCUCAGACAUCUCACCCCAAAUCUCAGACAUCUCACCCCAAAUCUCGGACAUCUCACCCCAAAUCUCAGACAUUUCACCCCAAAUCUCAGACAUCUCACCCCAAAUCUGAGACAUCUCACCCCAAAUCUCAGACAUCUCACCCCAAAUCUGAGACAUCUCACCCCAAAUCUCAGACAUCUCACCCCAAAUCUGAGACAACUCACCCCAAAUCUGAGACAUCUCACCCCAAAUCUCGGACAUCUCACCCUAAAUCUCGGACAUCUCACCCUAAAUCUGAGACAUCUCACCCCAAAUCUCGGACAUCUCACCCCAAAUCUGGGACAUCUCACCCCAAAUCUUGGACAUCUCACCCCAAAUCUGAGACAUCUCACCCCAAAUCUCAGACAUCUCACCCCAAAUCUCGGACAUCUCACCCUAAAUCUCAGACAUCUCACCCUAAAUCUGAGACAUCUCACCCCAAAUCUCAGACAUCUCACCCCAAAUCUCGGACAUUUCACCCCAAAAUCUCAACAUCUCACCCCAAAUCUCAGACAUCUCACCCCAAA